AUGCAGCUGUGUGGCUCGACCAUGGCAUUGACACUUCGUAGUUCGAGAUGGCUGUGCAUCCUGUGUCUGCGCUGUGCUUGGGCUAUUGACUAUGUGACAUACCGAUGGUACGGAUAUCAUGAACGAUUCGCUAUGACUUCCAAUUGGCCCGAAUCAUCCGUCGAUGUUUGCCAAGACUUUCCUGCAGUUUGUGUCAACCUUUACCUCAACCAAUGCGUGAAACUGCCCGAAUCGAUGAGGGUGCCAUGGACUCGAAACAUUACGGACCGGGAUGCUGGCAGGGAUAUUUUCUACCCAGCUCGCGAGAGCAAGGGAGGUGACUAUGUGCUUCUCACCGUCCAGAACAUGCAGUUCGAGCCUAGUGCCCAAGGCUAUCUGCACAUCUACAGCGGCUGUAGUGAGAAUUGCCAGGACUGCUACGCAGGCACGGGGCAAUCACUCCAUCCAGUACGGCUGCCGAGUCAGUGUGGCAGCACCGAAACACAAUCCGUUUGGGGUUUGCUUUACAAUCCAGGCGAUGGUGAAUACGACACAACGUUUAAUUGCGUGGACUCCCUGGACAACUAUUGGGAGCAGUAUGGGAACAAUGACUUGUUCGCCACCAUCAUGCGCGUUUCCAUUGCCGGCCUUAUAGUGCUUGUCGUCAUAACCCUUGGCUCCUUCAUCUACCUCCGGGUUUGCAAGAGGGAGAUCCACCCGUCCUACGACAUGGCAUACAAUAGUUCGAGCGUCCGGUCCACCCGAGGAGAUGGCCUCGUGCAGGCUGCGAUCACAAAGGAGCAGGUCGAAGCCGCUCUGCCGAUCGUGAAGUUAGAAGAGGAGCAGACCUGCUCUGUAUGCCUUGACACAGUGGGACCAGAGGAUGACGCGCGGCGUCUUCAGUGCCAGCAUGCAUUCCAUGCCGAGUGCAUCAUGACUUGGUGUUGUCACCGCGGACAACACGUCAUCGAGUGCCCCAUGUGCAGACAGCGACAUCAACCCACCAACGAGGCCGAUAGAACUCCGGGGCCGGCUCCGAAUGUGGUUGGUGUGAGUCACGAGGCCAACGAUCUUGAGGCAGCAGAAGUCUGA